AUGACGGUGUACCCCUCACUAUUUGUGUGUCAUGGCGGUGGCCCCUUGCCGUUAUUGCGGGAUGAGGGGCACAAAAUGUUGGUUGAUGCCCUUAAGAGCCACCGGAAACUUUUAGAGAAUCGUUUUGGCCUUCCGAAAGCCAUUGUUGUGAUUUCUGCACAUUAUGAGACGAAUACACCAAAAGUUGGCGGAGCGGAGCGGCCCUCUCUACUGUUUGACUACUACGGAUUUCCAGAAGAAAGCUAUAAGUUUCGAUAUCCCGUGCCGGGUAAUGCGCCACUUGCUGCUGCCAUUGUGAAUGCUCUCACGGUUGGAGGAUUUCAUGCGGAAAUGGAACCCGAGCGGCUUCUUGACCACGGCGUGUUUGUCCCACUCAUGAUCAUGUUCCCCGAAGCCAAUAUCCCUGUGGUACCUCUGUCUGUGUUGCGAUCCGGUGAUCCUGCAGAGCACAUACGCAUGGGGAAGGCUCUCCGUCCCUUACGCUCUGAUGCUGUAAUGUUUAUUGGAAGUGGCUCCACCAUGCACCAUUUUGCGCAUUUUAACCGCGAGGGAGCUGGGAGGAAGUUUGGAGAUGCACUGACUUCCAUUCUAUGUAAAAAUGAGGUUGCGACGCUUCCUGAGGACCGCCUGAAGGCGAUGGAGCGUGUAAAAACAAUGGAGGGCUUCACUGAAGCGCAACCACUCCGUGAACACGAGCACCUGAUGCCGCUCUUAACAUUGGUCGGUGCCGCAAAUGGAAAUAUCGCGGAGGAGGUUGCUAGCAUAUCGUUUGGUAGGGCCAAUGUACGGAAUUACUUGUUUACUGAAUGA